AUGAAAAUCAAAGUCGAAGCCACAGACCUCCGAGACGACAAAGUCUACACCGCCACCGUCGAGGGCUGGGAGACGCUGGACACACUGGCGGACAAAGUCCCUGGGGCGACUCCGAAGGAGCAGUUUUUUUACAUUCGCGACGAAUUCAUAAAUGCUUCCAUUCCCGCCGACCAGCUUCGCAAGAAGGCCCGCGCUGCGGGCCUGCUCGACGGCGUGGAGGAGCCUCCUGGGGAGCCGAAGCUGGCGCGUUGUUUUCUUUACGUGAGCCCAACGCCUUUGGACUUCAGCGAUAUGCUCAACGACGACUUAAUCAAAAAGCUGCGGGGAAGCUCCCAAGGAGAAGUAAAACAAAUUAUUUUUAGACUGAAAGUCAAAGACGCAGAAAGCCGGCUUUGCAUUCCCGUCGACUCCUCUACUAUUACGGUGGAGCAGUUCAAGCAAAUUCUGUUGAAGAAAAUGGGCCCCUCAUCUUUGACAGGAAUUACUGCUGAGAAGCUGCUGCUCUACGAAAGAGACAAACAGCCUGGAAGACCCCUUGAGGCAAGAGGUGGCUUGACGUUGCUGGCUGAAGCUGAGGAGCUUGGAAAAAAAGGCUUUGGGCUCAGGGGCUCGGAGAUGCAGCCGCUGUUUGGCUCCAAAAUUAAAAUCGACAUUGACGGCUAUUUGAUCCACGACGAAAUCAACCUCCGCCUCAUUGUCAAAAAGUACCUGGGGCUGGUGCGCGUGGAAGAGCACUUGCUGCCGGUGUUUGACCACCAACUGUUGGAAGAUUUAUUUUUGCAAAUUUUCCAAAAACUCGAAAACUCCCAACACAAACAAGUCCAGGCCCUCGCGCAGCAGCAGCAGCAGCAGCAGCAGCAGCAGCAGCAGCAGCAGCAGCAGCAGCAGCAGCAGCAGCAGCAGCAGCUCCACGCCAAGCUCAACGGCCAUUCUUUGUCGCCAAAAGGCCGCAAAAGUCUCCAAAGAAAAUUCGGAGUUCCUCCGGAGAGUUUGUGGCUGAGGGCUUUCGACGUCAAAGACAAGUCCCCCGUUAUUGUUUACAUUUAG